GGGGGGCGGAGGCGCCGCGUAGGCCCGGGAGGCCGGGCUGGCGGGGCUGGGAGCUCAAGCCCCAUGCGCCGCUGCCUCCCCCUACGAUGUUCCCCUCGCGGAGGAAAGCGGCGCAGUUGCCCUGGGAGGACGGCAGGUCCAAGUUGCUCCCCGGCGGCCUACCCAGGAAAUGCUCCGUCUUCCACCUCUUCGUUGCCUGUCUCUUAUUGGGCUUCUUCUCCCUACUCUGGCUGCAGCUCAGCUGCUCUGGUGAUGUGGCCCAGGCAGCCAGGGGACAAGGGCAGGAAACCUCAGGACCACCCCGGGCUUGCCCCCCAGAGCCACCGCCUGAGCACUGGGAAGAAGAUGCGUCAUGGGGCCCCCACCGCCUGGCAGUGCUGGUGCCCUUCCGUGAGCGCUUCGAGGAGCUGCUGGUGUUUGUGCCCCACAUGCACCGCUUCCUGAGCAGGAAGAAGAUCCAGCACCACAUCUAUGUGCUGAACCAGGUGGAUCAUUUCAGGUUCAACCGGGCAGCACUCAUCAACGUGGGCUUCUUGGAGAGCAGCAACAGUACAGACUACAUUGCCAUGCACGACGUGGAUCUGCUCCCUCUCAACGAGGAGCUGGACUACGGCUUCCCUGAGGCUGGGCCUUUUCAUGUGGCCUCCCCUGAGCUCCACCCGCUCUACCACUACAAGACCUAUGUUGGUGGCAUCCUGUUGCUCUCCAAGCAGCACUACCAGCUGUGCAAUGGGAUGUCCAACCGUUUCUGGGGCUGGGGCCGUGAGGAUGAUGAGUUCUACCGGCGCAUUAAAGGAGCUGGGCUUCAGCUUUUCCGCCCCUCGGGAAUCACAACUGGGUACAAGACAUUUCGUCAUCUGCACGACCCAGCCUGGCGGAAGAGGGACCAGAAGCGCAUUGCAGCUCAAAAACAGGAGCAAUUCAAGGUGGACCGGGAGGGCGGCCUGAGCACUGUGAAGUACCGUGUGGAUUCCCGCACCGCUCUGUCUGUGGGCGGGGCCCCCUGCACUGUUCUCAACAUCAUGCUGGACUGUGACAAAGCAGCCACUCCCUGGUGCACAUUUGGCUGAGUUGGCUAGACAGUGAGGAAGCCUGUGCCUCCAGGCCACACUGCUGCUCAGGCUCAGGACAUAGCCUCCAGCCCCAGGCCCUGCUCCUAUGGGAUGUGGAGUGGCCAGAGCAAGAUAGUAAGCUACGCAUUUAUAGCAGCCCAGCUCCAGAGGACACAUGGAUUGCUUGGGAUGCUGCUAGCAAUGAACAGUGAUCUAAUAGGCUGGGGAGUGACUCCUAGGUGGGACUCUCCCCCUGCCUUCCCACUUGCCCUACUCUGUCCUACUGAGAUCUGCAGGCAAUGGGGAAAGUUGGACAGGACAACCUCUAACCAACCUCCUUUUUGUUCCUUCCCACUGGACCGCCUCAGACAGAGAUGCCGUUUAGGAGCCCUGCAGCUGAUGUAGAUGGCAGUUUUGAUUGGGAGCAUUAGAAUUCCAGAAACCAGAGCACAAGUCCCAUGGAAGAAAGAUAGCCAGUCCCAACUCUAGCUGGUUGUCACCGGGCAGGAAUCUGGGUUUUGUGUUGGCAGAUCUUCCGAUUUUGUGAAAGAAAAUAGGUGCUGGAUUCUUAAGUGAAAUCUUCUGAUAUUCAACUCAAUGAAACUUACAAAAAGUAUGGCAGGCCAAACAAAUGUGUUAUGGUCCACUGCUUUAUUACUCUUGGCAGAGAGGAAGGGGCAGGGGCAAAGGAUGAUACCUCUCUUAGUUAUGAGUUGGCAAGGAGUUGCAGAACAGCUAGGGGAAGGUCCAGGCGGGAAGGGAAGACAAAGGCAUUAGAUUUUGUACCCUUCAACUUCCCCAGGCUUCUGGCCAGCUUCCUUGGUGCCCCUCUGGGCCCACUGAUGACCUUCUGCUCCACCCUGGGGUGGGCACUAUAUCCUGCCUCAAUAAGAUAGAGACAGGAAGGAGAGGUGCUAAAGAAAUGGAUCUGCAGGCCUGGACUUAGGGCAGACAGGAUGUGUAGGUGAUGCAUCAGGCUCAGUGCAGGUGUGGGGUGGUGGUCCCUUGUUCUGAGGUGCAGGGAUGAAGAUGGAAAAGUAGGAGGAUCCCUGGAUGUUCCCAAAGCCUGAAGGCAGGUUCCUGGUGAUAACUGGUUGCUGGUAGAGGUAAAGGAGAAGUAGCUAAAGGGAGCAUGGAAUUGGGGAGUACUCCUGGAAGAGUCACUUGGAAGAGAGCCCGGGACCCAUGGAGUGGAGAUGAGGGCCCUGCAAGGCAGACCACUCCUUCAAGGUGUUUGGCUGCCAAUGAUUUGGGGUGGAAGUCAGAGGAGACUCUCUGGGCCAUUUAGGGUUGGUUGGUUUAGCACUGGGUUUAGCCCCUGUAGUGCUGGAGAAGGAAAGGAUUGAGGUCCUAGAGUGUAGGAGGCCAGGAGUGAUAGCUAUGGUCCAAAAGACUCCUCUGAGGGUGAGCUCAGGGCUGCUAUGUGCAG